GUGAAAAGAAAUGCGCACUUACCGAAUUUUCUAACCGCCCAUGGUCAUAAGCGUUGUCGAGGCCAUUCUAGAAAUUGUUUCACGUGUCUUGGAGGAUUUUAUCAAACAUGAGUAAACGAUCUCAAAAAAAUACAUUAUUGAAUUAUUUCACUUCACCACCUGGAGUAAAACGAGAUGCCAAGCCUGAGGCUAAAGCAACUGCAAGUCCAAAAGCAUCAACUCCUACAAGAAGAAAAGCCAAGGAAACAAAAGGUAAGGCAAAUGAUAAAGAAAACAAGAAAGACAAUAAAAAACAAAUGGGUACUCCUAAAAGAAAGAGACCGGUAAAAGGUGCAGCUCAAAACGCUGAAGCAGACAAUGACGAUGAAGAUGAAGAUAAAGAGGAAGAGGACGAAACUGAAGUAAAAGCAAAGAAAAGGAAGGUAGCACAGGAAAAAUCUGAAAAGAAGCAAAAUGAAAAACUCGAUAAGAAGAAAGCAGAAAAAGCAGAAGAUUCUGAUGAUGAAAAAAAUGAAGAGGAUAAUACUAAUGUUAUUACAACAAAAAGAGGUAGAGUUGUAAAACAGAAAAAACUCUUUGAUGACUCUAAAUUAGAUGAAGAUGACACUGAUGAUGAAAUGUGGACGAAAAAAAAACCUGAAGUACCUGCAGGGAAGAAAAGAAGGAUCAUUAUUCCUGAUGAUGAUAGUGAAGGGGGAACAGAAGAUGAAUAUAAACCAGAUGCAGACGAAACCAUAUCAGAAGAAUCUGAUGUUAGUGAUGAAAACGUUUCAGCUGAACUCGCAGAAACUCCAUCCGAAGACUCUGCUUCUGAUGUUGAACCCACUCCUCCGAAAAAGAAGUCCAAUGGGUUUUUCCCAGGAAAAGCUAAAAAUUCAAAUAAAUCUAAAGAUAAGGAUGAUCUCCAAUCGUUCACCUUAGAAAAACAAAUGUCAUCAGGCCCUGAUAAUGGAGAAACUUGGGAACACUUGAAAUUUGAUUUUCUGAAGCCCGAAAAUAUUCGAGAUGCCAAUAAAAGAAGGCCUGACGAUCCUGAAUACAAUCCCAGAACUCUUUAUGUUCCUCCAGAUUUUCUGAAUACUCAAACUCCUGCUAUAAGACAAUGGUGGGUCCUCAAAAGUAAAUACUUUGAUUGUAUAUUUUUCUUCAAAGUCGGGAAAUUUUACGAGCUUUACCACAUGGAUGCAGUAACUGGAGUAAAUGUUCUCGGGCUGACAUUUAUGAGAGGACAGCGAGCUCAUUCAGGAUUUCCAGAGAUUAGUUACGGCCGUUACUCUUCGGCUUUGGUAGAAAAAGGUUAUAAAGUAGCUCGAAUAGAGCAAACAGAAAAUCCUGAAAUGAUGGCUAAGAGAUGUGAGAAACAGGCGAAAGUCAGUAAAUUUGAUAAAGUUGUAAGACGUGAAAUUUGCCAAGUUAGCACUCGUGGUACACGAAUUCCAACAGUUCGAGAUACAGAAUCUUUUGCACCUCAAUGCAAUUACAUUAUGUCAAUUGUAGAAAAACAAAAUGCAAAACAGUUAUCAACUUACGGAAUUUGUUAUGUAGAUACGAGUAUUGGAUUAUUUCAUAUGGGUCAAUUCGAUGAUGAUCAUCAUAAUUCACGAUUACUUACUUUAUUUUCUCAUUCUACUCCAGCUCAUUUGAUCUAUGAAAAAGGAAACCUUUCUUCCGCGACCAUGAAAAUACUUAACACCCAAUUACCAGUUUCUACCAUUAAAGAAGGUCUAUUAAAAGAUACAGAAUUUUUGUCUGCCACUAAUGUAUUAGAGAAAUUACACGAAGGCGAAUACUUCAAAAGUAAUUCAGAAUUCUCUUGGCCUGAUGGAUUGAAACCUUUCCUGAAUGAAAAAGAUACACUUGGCCUUACACCAGCAGAUGAUAAACAACUUGCUGUUCAUGCACUGGGAGGUAUUGUCCAUAUUUUAUGUUCAUAUGUACUAGAUGAACAAGUGUUGGGUCAAAAACGAUUCCAAACAUACACACCACCUGAUUUAAGUCACGCGACUGGAUUAUCAGCGACCAUGGUUUUGGAUGCUGUUGCUAUAAAUAACUUGAAUGUCUUAGGCAAUGCUCCAUCUCUAAUUUCAACUCUAGAUUAUUGUUGUACUCCAUUUGGCAAAAGAUUAUUAAGAGACUGGGUAUGUCGACCAGCUGGAGACAAAAAUGUGAUCCAUAGCCGUCAAGAAGCCAUAUCAGAGUUAAGAGAUGUAAACCAUGUCGUCCAAGAAGCUAAAGAACUUUUGAGUUCUCUUCCUGAUUUAGAAAGGCUUCUAAGUAAAGUUCAUGCACACGGAAAUGCUGCGAUAGCUGAAAAUCAUCCAGAUUCAAGAGCUUUCAUGUUUGAACCUACUACUUAUUCAAAAAGAAAAAUAACAGAUUUUAUCAUGACUCUAGAAGGCUUUGAUAAUAUUCUAAAAAUAAUGAAACUGUUUGAAUCAUUUGAAAGUGAUUUGAUAAUUAAAACAACACAAACAGAACCUCAAGGCGAGUUCCCAAAAUUACGAGAAAUUUUGAAUCUUUUUAAAAACGGAUUCAAUCAUGAAGAAGCUCUGAAAGAAGGUUGUAUCGUUCCAUCUAGAGGAAUAGAUAGUGAGUACGAUGCUGUGAUGGACGAGUUUGAUAAGAUUAAAAAAGAUACUGCAGAGUAUCUCAAAGAACAAUGUAAAUACUUUGGCUGUACUGUGAAGUUUACAGGAAAUGGUAAAAAUCGAUAUCAACUCGAAGUGCCUGACAGCCAUGCUAAAAAAGCUGAUGAAAAUUAUGAUCAUCAAGGUCAAAGAAAAGGAUUUAAACGUUAUUGGACUCCUGAGGCCUUAAAAUUGUUGUCUCGGACAAAGGAAGCUGAAGAUCAGCGUGACAAAAUAUUAAAAGAUUCUGAUAGAAGAACUUUUGCCAAAUUCAGUGAAAAUUAUGACAUGUGGUCACUGGCAGUUUACAAGGUUGCUGUGCUUGAUGUACUCAUUUCUCUUGCUGAACAUGCAAAAACAGGCGAUAUGUGUAUCCCGGAAAUACAAGAUAACUCGAACGAAAUUAUGAUUACGAUUAAAGAAGGAAAACAUCCAUUCAUUCUAGAUGAUAACUUUGUUCCUAACGAUACUUCACUAGCAGCUAAUGGGUAUGGUCCUCUGAUUAUCCUUACGGGACCCAAUAUGGGAGGUAAAUCAACUAUCAUGCGUCAAGUUGGAUUGCUAAUGAUUAUGUCACACAUUGGAUGUCAUAUUCCAGCUGAAAGUUGCAAGUUUUCUUUGGUCGACCGAGUUUUUACUAGACUCGGCGCUAAUGAUGAUAUGGUAACUGCUCGAAGUACAUUCCUUGUUGAAUUAAGUGAAGCUGUUACUAUUGUUCAACAUGCUACUAAACAUUCUUUAGUUCUUGUUGAUGAACUUGGUCGCGGAACUUCAACUCACGAUGGUACCGCUAUUGCAGCUUCUAUUCUCAACACUCUGGCUCAAAUAAAAUGUCGAACAAUAUUUUCUACUCACUACCAUUCACUUGUCGAUGAUUUCAAAGAGGUUUCAGAUAUUUCAGUAGCUCACAUGGCAUGCUUAGUUGAGAGUGAAGAAAAUGAUGAAUCUCAGGAAACAGUUACAUUCCUUUACAAACUGACUGAAGGCGCUUGUCCUAAAUCUUAUGGAUUUAACGCCGCAAGGAUUGCUGGCAUCAAAGCGGAUAUUACAAAGAGAGCUAACGAGUUAGCCAGCCAGCUUGAACAAGCUGGAAAACGAAGAAACUUGUUUAUUUCGCUUUGUCAAAGUAAUAAUUCAAAUGUUAAAAGUAUUCUUACACAGCUUCAAGCUAUUAAAAUUAAAUAAUCCAUGAAAAAAAGAUAAUACUCAUUUAUACAUUUCGUAAGAUAAAACUGAAAAAUAGAUGUCUAUUAUUUAUCUAAAUGUGUUGUAGUUUUUUAUAUUGUGGUUAAUACAUAUUUUUUUUAUAUUGAUUAUUUUUUUAUAAAUAAAUAAUAGAAAUAGUUUAAGCUGGAUAACUGUUUCUAUAAAAAGGUCAUGUUUUAUAAAUAAGAAUGAGUUAUUUGUAAAAUAUCAAAGUUCAAUAAACGAUGUCAGGAAACAAAGUUACGUAUGUUUUGCUAUAUCGAUAACACCUGAGAUAUAACUAGAAUCCAUACUAUGUAUAUUCAAAACUAUAUGACUGUUGAUUUAAAUAAUUGUUUUACUGCAUGUUGACUAUUUAAGAAUAAAAUACGGUAAAAAAAUAAUUUAAUUUCAUUUAUACA